UAUAUAUUAAAACAAGAAAAAGAAAUUCUUCUAUAAAAUCGAAAAAAAUAUUUCACAAAAUAAAUCUUUGUGUAUCUUUUAAAACAAACAGCAAACAACAAAAAUAUAAAAACCAAAUUAAAAAAUAUAAAGAGAAAAAUAUCACAACAUACAAAAAAAGAAAACAAAAACAAAACAAUAUUUUUAAUAUUUAAAAAUAUUUAAAAGAUAUUUUUAAAAAUGUCUUCGUCGCGAAAUUCAAUUAAAAGAUCUCCCUCUACAUCAACACCGACAUCGCCCUCAUCUGGUUCCACCGAAACAAAUUCAUCGUCUUCCUCGUCGCCGACCAUGUCCGGAAAUAAACAAAAGUGUAAAUACACAAAUACCAAGGAUCGUAUUGUUGCCGAGGUUCCCCUACCACCAUCCCACAAACUGACCAUGGACGAAGUAUACGAUCCAAAAACUAAAAAACCCAACUAUGAAGUUUUACGACAACAUUUCCUCAAAGAAGGUCGCAUCGAAGAAGAGCCCGCUCUACGAAUAAUCAAUGAGGGUGCUGCUAUUUUACGCAGUGAAAAGAAUAUGAUCGAUGUUGAGGCUCCCAUAACGGUAUGCGGUGAUAUACAUGGCCAAUUUUUCGAUUUAGUUAAAUUAUUUGAAGUUGGUGGUCCACCAGAGACAACAAAUUAUCUGUUUUUGGGUGACUAUGUGGAUCGUGGUUACUUUAGUAUUGAGUGUGUUUUAUAUCUGUGGUCUUUAAAAAUCUGCUUUCCUGACACACUACAUUUACUGCGUGGCAAUCAUGAAUGUCGCCACUUAACGGAAUAUUUCACAUUUAAACAGGAGUGUCAAAUAAAAUAUUCCGAUCGAGUCUAUGAUGCCACUAUGGAGGCAUUCGAUUGUCUGCCAUUGGCUGCGCUAUUAAAUCAACAAUUUCUCUGUAUACACGGUGGUUUAUCACCGGAAAUUUUCACACUCGACGAUAUCAAAAAGCUUAAUAGAUUCCGUGAACCGCCUGCCUUUGGUCCAAUGUGCGAUUUGCUGUGGUCUGAUCCUUUGGAAGAUUUUGGCAGUGAAAAAAAUAAUGAUUAUUUCUCACACAAUUCAGUGCGUGGUUGUUCGUAUUUUUUCAGUUAUUCCGCCUGCUGUGAAUUUCUACAAAAGAACAAUCUUUUGUCUAUUGUUAGAGCUCAUGAAGCUCAAGAUGCGGGGUAUCGCAUGUAUCGUAAAAAUCAGGUUACUGGUUUUCCUUCUUUAAUUACGAUAUUUUCGGCUCCCAACUAUUUGGAUGUUUAUAAUAAUAAGGCAGCUGUACUUAAAUAUGAGAAUAAUGUUAUGAAUAUACGACAAUUUAAUUGUUCACCCCAUCCAUAUUGGUUGCCAAAUUUUAUGGAUGUAUUUACGUGGUCAUUACCAUUUGUGGGUGAGAAGGUUACAGAUGUGCUUGUUAAUAUUCUUAAUAUCUGUUCGGAUGAAGAAUUAGAGGGUGGUCCCGACGAUGAGCUGGAAGAAGAACUCCGUAAGAAAAUUGUUCUUGUACCCAUGAAUUCGAAUGCUAAUAAUGCCCAAUCGACAAAAGCUUCUACUGUAUCGGCUUUACGUAAAGAAGUAAUCAGAAACAAAAUAAGAGCUAUUGGUAAAAUGUCUCGGGUAUUCUCAGUAUUAAGAGAAGAAUCGGAAUCUGUUUUACAAUUAAAGGGUCUUACUCCAACUGGUUCAUUACCAGUGGGUGCUUUGUCCGGAGGCAAAGAUUCGCUAAUCAGUGCUUUACAGGGUCUUGGCGCCACCCCACAAAUUACUUCAUUUGCUGAAGCCAAGGGACUUGAUGCCGUCAAUGAACGUAUGCCUCCCAGACGUCCUCUGCUAUUGGGCAACAACAAUAACAACUCGACGACCCCUAAUAAUAAUACAACCAAUGAUAGCAGUAGUUUGACCUCAUCCAAGAAGAACGGUAGCACUCCUAUUGCUUCUCCCAGACGUUCUAGCACGAGCAAAUAUUCAUAGUUUUAGUUUUCAUUUUUUAUUCUAAUUAAAUUUAUUAUUCUAUAAUUUGAUUUUUUCGUUUCUUAAUUUUUUAGUUAAACAACCAAUGACUUUUUUAGAAAAUUUAAUAUUUUUUUUAUUUAAUUAGCGCUCAUGAACCAAUUGUUAAAUAAAGCAAAUAAAUUAAAACCACAAAUAAAAAUUUAAAAAAAAAAA